AUGUCAAACGCAUCUGUAUCAUUCUUUGUUUCAGAACUCAACGUGACCCUCUAUAACAUUACAGUAAACGUGUGUGAACAUCAUCAAACUUGCGAUGAUAUUGGAUGUGGCGUCUCGAACAGUACCGUGUGCAAUUGUGACGAUGCUUGCGUCGGGUAUGGGGAUUGCUGCUGGGACUUCGCUACAACGUGCAAUCGCCGUUAUAUUGACUAUGUUUACGACCGGGAAGUCGGUCUUACGACGUGUGAGAUUGUUAUUGCCAAUUCACCUCGACAUUCGAUGCAAUCGUACUUUAUGGUCGGACGAUGUCCCACCGACUGGCUUAUCACGGAAACUCGCGAACUAUGUGAGCGAUACGAUCAGAACGACAGUGUCAUUCAUUGGCUUCGAGUUGACAACCAACAGGGGAUCACGUUCAAGAACAUCUUCUGCGCCUUUUGCAAUGGGAUGGAACCACGUGACGUCACAAGCUGGACAGUCUUCGGGAAUUGUUCGGAAGAGAAUAUAAACGUUUCGUCUUCAUGGUCACAUUUGCAAGAGAAAUGUAGCGACCUAGAAAUGAAACCUGCGAAUCCACUAAUCCUUGCCAAAUUAAGAACUUGUUCGUGUUGUGUUCCCUAUAAAAAUCCCAACGAGGAUGCUGCAUUAUGUGGAGAAUCCGUAGCGGAUUCGUCAUCUUCAAAGGCCUGUGCAUUGUACAAGGCACCUAUUACCGUUGGGCGCAGGAAAUACAACAAUCCUCAUUGCUUGCAGUGUGAUAUCUCUCGCAAUAACAUCGACAGUAAUAUUCAUGGUGGAACACCGUCACAAGACGUUUGCCAACGAGAACGUUCUGGACCUAGUUCAGAAUAUAUAGAAAGUGACGUUUUUACCUAUAGACUUCACUUCGUAGUACCAGUAUCAAUCUUCUUCGACCUUCCUACUAUAGAAACACUUUUUAAGAUAACCAAGAAAGAGUCAUUCGAGCAAAAUGUGAAAAGCUGUGAGAAGGGAAGUCUGGAGAGCUCGGGAUUUGAUGAUAAAUGUGACUUUAAAGCAACAAUUGAUGAUUUAUGUGAUAAUACCACGUCACAUGGCUAUGAAAUAACGGCAGAGAUUCGAUUGAAUAAUGAACGUGUCCAAAAUAUAAACGAAAGUACAGUGUUGUCCUCACUACUAUACUUCCUAGAGGAUCUUUUCAAAGUUCCACUAAAUAAAUUUCAAGUUCUUGAUAAUUUAGCGUUUUGUUUUCCUAGAAAUGGCGGUACAAUUUCCACGCCUCUCUCGAAAAGAUGUAAAUCGGUCUUAAAUGUAACAGUAUGGCUUGAUUACAGUGAAUAUGGACGUUAUUUUGAUGACUUGAUUUCAGAUAUAAAUAUAAACUCUGUUAUCGCUCCUGCUGAUUUUAUUCCCCGGCAACUAGAUCGAGAUUGUCCAAUCUGGACGAUGCUUUAA